AUGGGAACCACAUUGGUUCUCACCAAGAUCCUAUGUUUCUUGCUAACAACAAUGCUAAUUGGGUCCGCCAUGAUCCAAUGCAGUAUCACCUACGACAAUAAAGCAAUUGUCAUUAAUGGCCACCGUAGAAUCCUCCUUUCCGGCUCCAUCCACUACCCAAGAAGCACCCCCGAGAUGUGGGAAGAUCUUAUAAAGAAGGCUAAAGAUGGAGGCUUGGAUGUUAUUGACACUUAUGUUUUCUGGAAUGGUCAUGAACCUUCUCCUGGCACUUACAAUUUCAGAGGGAGAUACGAUUUAGUAAGAUUCAUUAAGACAGUACAAGACGUGGGGCUUUAUGUUCAUCUCAGAAUCGGUCCUUACGUUUGUGCAGAAUGGAAUUUUGGAGGGUUUCCUGUUUGGUUGAAGUACGUACCUGGGAUUAGCUUCAGAUCAGAUAAUGGACCCUUCAAGGCUGCGAUGCAAGGCUUCACGCAGAAGAUUGUUCAGAUGAUGAAAGACCAUAGAUUCUUCGCGUCACAAGGUGGACCUAUCAUCUUAUCUCAGAUUGAGAAUGAGUUUGGUCCUGAGCUUAAAGCGCUUGGACCAGCUGGUCACUCAUACGUUAAUUGGGCUGCGAAAAUGGCGGUUGGUUUAAAAACUGGAGUCCCGUGGGUGAUGUGCAAGGAAGAUGAUGCACCUGAUCCAAUUAUUAACGCUUGCAACGGAUUCUACUGCGAUUAUUUCACUCCAAACAAACCAUACAAGCCAAAAAUGUGGACAGAAGCAUGGAGUGGCUGGUUUACAGAGUUCGGUGGAACCAUUCCAAAACGACCUGUAGAAGAUUUAGCAUUUGGAGUCACACGUUUCAUACAAAAGGGUGGAUCCUAUAUUAAUUACUACAUGUACCAUGGAGGAACAAACUUUGGACGCACAGCAGGAGGUCCAUUUAUCACCACUAGUUAUGAUUAUGAUGCUCCCAUCGAUGAAUACGGGUUAGUCCAGGAACCUAAGUACAGCCAUCUUAAGCAGCUACACCAAGCAAUCAAGCAAUGUGAAAGUGCCUUAGUUUCUUCUGAACCCAAAGUUACGAAACUAGGAAACUACGAGGAGGCUCAUGUUUUCUCUGCCGGUAAAGGAAGUUGUGUCGCGUUCCUAUCGAACUAUCACAUGAACGCACCUGCAAAAGUAGUGUUCAAUAAACGGCACUACACUCUACCUGCUUGGUCCACAAGCAUUCUUCCUGAUUGCAGAAACGUUGUUUUCAACACUGCCACGGUUGUUGCAAAGACAUCACAUGUGCAAAUGGUUCCAUCUGGCUCUAUCUUGUACUCAGUAGGUCGAUACGAUGAAGAUAUUGCUAGUUAUGGAGACCGUGGGACAAUCACAGCUCUUGGAUUGCUGGAGCAGAUCAAUGUCACACGAGAUACAAGUGAUUACCUUUGGUACAUAACCAGUGCACCGGUCAAUCUACGAGGUGGAGCUAACAGAAUCGCUCUACUAAGCGUAGCAGUUGGUUUGCCGAAUGUUGGAGCACAUUUUGAGACGUGGGCCACGGGGAUUGUCGGGUCUGUCGCGCUGCACGGCCUUGACGGGGGUAACAAAGACUUGAGUCGACAGAAAUGGACAUAUCAGGUUGGUCUGCGAGGUGAAGCAAUGAACUUGAUCUCUCCUACGGAAGCUUCCUCUGUGGAUUGGAUGAAAGGCUCAUUAGCAAAGCAAAACAAACAGCCUUUGACCUGGUACAAGGCCUUCUUUGACGCUCCUAGAGGAAAUGAGCCGCUGGCUUUGGACCUGAGGAGUAUGGGGAAAGGACAAGCUUGGAUAAAUGGAGAAAGCUUAGGGAGAUACUGGAUGGCUUUCGCCAAAGGAAACUGCGGGAGUUGUAACUACGCAGGCACAUACAGAGAAGCCAAAUGCCAAUCUGGUUGUGGCGAACCCACACAAAGAUGGUACCAUGUUCCGCGUUCGUGGUUGAAGCCAAGAGGGAACUUGUUAGUACUCUUUGAAGAACUUGGUGGAGAUGUCUCCAAAGUCUCUGUUGUAAAGAGAUCAGUACACUAG